AUUGGCUAUUCAAAGAAAUCAAGUAUAAAGCCUAAAUUUACAUAAGCCAAGGUUUUGAUGAGUUGGUAAAAUUUUUCUCUGUUAUUCCAACUAACUUAAUUUAUAAAAAAGAAUCAUUGACUUUGUAUGGUAUUCAAUAAUUGCGUUUCAAAUAAUAUAUAAAAAAAAAAAGCAAAAAAAAAAAGCAAAAAAACGAAAACAGAAAGAAUCUCCUUGAAGCUGAUAACCUUUAUUUUCAAUGGAAUAGAGAGCACUUGAAAGUCUGUUGGUUACUUUCCUCUGCUUGUCUCACCAAUCUCUCUGUUUCUGUUUGCUUUCAAUUUUUUUUUUUUUUCCUCGUUCUUUGCUGACCAGAAAGACGUAGAGAGAAAACAUGGAAGAAGGGCUACUAACAAGGUCUGUUAUGGUUGAUCAUGAUGCCAAUUUCAAGACUGAUGGGCUUGGUGACUGCACUGACAAACUGCCGAAUGACUCGGCCACACUUGUUGCUGUUCUAAGCACCUUGGUGGCUGUUUGCGGUUCUCUCUGCUGCGGCUUCGGUUUUGGAUAUAGUUCACCUGUUGAGUAUGGAAUCAUGGAAGACUUGAACCUUUCUGUUGCAUCUUACUCAGUGUUCAGUUCAAUAUUGACGGUUGGAGGAGCGGUUGGUGGACUGGCAAAUGGAAGGAUAACUGACCUCAUAGGUCGCAGAGGUACAAUGUGGUUCUCUGAAAUCUUCUGUAUGGCCGGGUGGUUUUCAAUAGUAUUUGCCAAGAAUGAUUGGUGGUUGGAAUUCGGAAGAGUAUUACUGGGUUUUGGAAUGGGAAUUCUUUACUAUGUGGUUCCUGUAUAUAUAGCUGAAAUAGCACCAACAAAUCUUCGAGGUAGAUUUACUUCGGCUCAUCAGUUGAUGUCAUGUUAUGGAACUUCAUUAAUGUUCUUCAUGGGAAAUGCUGUAACCUGGCGAACUUUGGCUGUAAUUGGUGCUAUUCCAUCUGUACUACAUAUUUUAGGAUUGUUUUUCAUCCCAGAGUCUCCCAGAUGGCUGGCAAAAGUUGGUAAACGUAAAGAGCUUGAAGCCACUCUGCAGUCUCUCAGGGGAAAGAAUACUGACAUUUGUCAGGAAGCAGCUGAUAUUAUGGAUUGCACAGAAAUAUUUCAGAAGCACUCGGAAAGGUUUUUAGAUUUGUUCCAGUGGAGAUAUGCGUAUUCACUCACUGUCGCAGUUGGGCUUGUGGUACUUCCACAGCUUGGAGGGUCCAGUGGAAUUUUUUGCUAUGCAAGCUCUAUAUUUGCUGAUGCUGGUUUUUCAAGAAGCAUUGGGACAAUAGCAGUGGCAAUUAUCCAGAUACCUGCUGUUACUUGGAGUGUGCUCUUGAUCGAUAAAUCAGGAAGACGACCACUUCUACUGAUAUCUGCAGCUGGAAUGUGCCUGUGUAGUUUUCUUCUAAGCUUGGCAUUCUACUUUCAGGGCCUCCACCAGUUGAAGGAGCUUACUCCCAUGAUGGUGUUUAUUGGCAUACUGGGAUAUAUUGUAGCAUUCUCAUUUGGGUUAGCAGGACUACCAUGGGUUAUAAUGUCAGAGAUAUUCCCUGUAAAUGUCAAGGGUUCAGCUGGAAGUGUAAUGAGUUUUGCAAAUUGGACAUUGUCCUGGAUAGUUGUAUUUACUUUCAAUUUUAUGAUGGAAUGGAGCUCAUCUGGAACAUUUUUCAUCUUCUCAGUCCUUUGUGGUUCAGCUGUAGUUUUCGUUGCAAAGCUAGUACCAGAGACUAAAGGAAAAACUUUAGAAGAAAUACACGCUUCAAUUACACAUUUUUAAUUCUGUAAUAAGAUGAACCUCCCAUUUAUUUGGGAAUAUGUGUUUAAACUCGAUAUUCUUUGCCUCUUGGUUUAUGGGGGCAUCAUCAGUUAUUCGGUUUAGAAACUUAGAAUAUAAUACAAUAAAGAAGCAUGUUUUAUCGAGUAUUUAGAUGUAAAUAUCAAUAUUUUAUUACGAUUCAGGACCACAUUAUAGGACAAUGGCAAAGCAUAAGCAUGAAGAUUAAGACUCGCUUUUCUUAAAGCAUGUUUCAAACACUCACUUUUUCUUUAA